AAGUCUAGGAAGUUCGCCCGUAGGCGCUUCCCCCCCCAUUGAGACGAUACCUGAUCGUACACCGUCCGCUCAAAAAUAAACAAAUAAAUCGGAGUAAUUACUAAUUUAACACCAGUGUAACGUGAUACAGGAUGUCUAGGCAGUCGAACAGAACUACCGAGAGCAAGAAAAUGAACUCGGAGCUCUUCACCCUCACAUACGGUGCCCUGGUCACCCAGCUGUGCAAGGACUACGAGAACGACGAGGAGGUGAACAAGCAGCUGGACAAGAUGGGGUACAACAUUGGAGUGCGCCUUAUCGAGGACUUCCUGGCCCGGUCCAGCGUGGGGAGGUGUCACGACUUUCGAGAAACAGCCGACGUCAUCGCCAAAGUGGCGUUUAAGAUGUACCUGGGAAUCACCCCAAGCGUGACCAACUGGAGCCCAGCCGGAGACGAGUUCUCGCUCAUACUGGAGAACAACCCACUGGUGGACUUCGUGGAGCUUCCGGACAACCACAGCAACCUUGUGUAUUCCAACAUCCUGUGUGGCGUCCUCCGGGGGGCGCUGGAGAUGGUCCAGAUGGCCGUGGAUGUGCGGUUUGCUCAGGACACGCUCAGAGGCGACAACGUGACAGAGAUCCGGAUGAAGUUCGUCAAGCGGAUCGAGGAGAACCUUCCUGCAGGGGACGAAUGAGGUGUGCAGACGACCAGCUCAGAGGAAGGGGAGGAGCCAGAGACUCUCAAAAACGAUGCAGUGUAUAUAGAAAGGGGCCCAGUGGCGCCUCGAUCAGCAGUGUUUCCGAGGAACGCACUCGGAGCUCCACUUGUCCUCGCACAGCUCUCUGGAGCAGGAAAUGUCCAUCUUCAGCACUAGGAAGGACAGAAAGUAACAUUCUGCGCACUGGGUUUACAUAUUGUCAGAUGUUUAUAUAGUGUCUCUUUCCCAAUCAUGAACAUUGCUUUGGCCCUUUACGGAAAUAUGAUUUUGUGCAUUCUGUAUGAUCAGACAAAACAGCUCUUCUUGUUUCUUGACUGUUUCCUAUUCUACAAAUGUCAAAAUAUACUCAAUCAAAAAAAUUAAAUUAACACACAAAGAGAUUCAAUAAACUCUGUUGUAGAUAAAA